AUGAAUUCUGUUCCGAUUGCAUUGAACAAAGCCGCUAUGCGAAAGUACGAGGACUUGGAAGUGCCGUGCGAAGACAUUCUCGCUGCAUACGUGUGGGUCGACGGCACAGGGAUAAAUUUGCGAUCAAAAGACAGAACGUUAAAUUUCGUCCCCAAGACACAUAAAGACCUACCCAUUUGGUAUUUCGAUGGAAGCAACACGGCACAAGCAAGCGCCGAUAACUCGGACACGUUUAUCUUCCCCGAAGUUAUUUACCACGAUCCGUUUCGCCGAGGAAGCCAUAUACUGGUCUUAGCGGAUACUUACCAGCAUAAUUAUCAGCCGACUGCAACAAACUUUCGUAAAGGCUGUGUGAUAUUGACUGAAAAAGCGGACGUCGAAGAGCCUUGGUUCGGUUUUAAUCAAGAGUUUUUCCUUACUACUACGGAUGGUCGGCCUCUGGGCUGGCCGCCCGGUGGCUUCCCGGCCCCUCCUGGUCCAUAUUAUUGUGCUAUAGGUGCUAAUAAAAUUGUGGCCAGGGAUCUUAUGGAAGCAUUUUAUAGAUGUUGUCUCUACGCCGGAGUGCAUAUAAACGGUAUAAACCCUGGCACUACGCCAUCACAAUGGAAUUUUCAGGUCGGACCUAGUCCCGGAUUAAGAGCUGCCGAUGACCUUUGGAUGGCUAGAUAUAUACUCGCUCGGCUUGCGGAGGAAUAUGGCACCGUCGCCACAUUCGAGCCCCAGCCCAUUGAAGAUUGGCCUGGCAAUGGCACUUUCGUAUAUUUCUCAUCCAAGGAUAUGAGAGAAGAGGACGGGAUUUUGGUUAUAGAGAGGGCGAUUGACAAGCUGGCUCGGCGUCACGGUGCCCACAUCAAUGAGUAUGACGCUAGCAAUGGGGCCGACAACGCGAGGCGUCUCACCGGAAAGAAUGGCAUGCCUAAUAUUCGAGACUUUACAGCAGGUGUAGCAAAUCGUAGUUGCUGCGUAAGGAUUCCUCGCCAAGUGUCUGAAGAUAAGAGGGGCUACUUGGAGGAUCGUCGUCCCGCAGCUAAUGCUGACCCCUACCGUAUCAUCUCUAUUAUGCUCCGUACGUGUAUAUUUGAUGAAUAA